AUAUACACUUGGUAUACCUACAUCGUGCCGUGCGCGCGUUCACAAACGCAGCUGACAUAACCUGAAAGUAAUGUUUUACGCGAGUGAUUUAAUUCUUUAAUUCUUACACCUUAAGUAAUAAGAAUGGCAUCUUUAUCAACAGCGUUAUCACGCUUAUGCAUUAGAAGCUCAUCAGUUACACCAGUUUUUACAAAUUCAUACAGAAACUACAAGUAUGUAGUGAAACCAGAAAUUGGUACAGGUAUUGCAUAUCGUCGAAUCAUUCACUUUCCUGAAGAUUAUACAGUUAAGCCCUUGGACACUACCAAUUUGGCUGGUAGAGAUCCAGUGACAGGCCGAUUAGCAGUGAAAGGAAUUGGUGGUGGCAUUAAACACAAAUAUCAUUGGAUUCAAUGAAGAGAAGGUCCAAAAGAAGGUCCACCACAGGAUGAGAGAGUGAUAAAAUCAUCAAGGAUGGCAAUCAUUACUGCAAAUGUUGCCUUAGUUGCAGUUGGAGAUCAACUCAAAUAUAUUUUAGCAACUGAAAACAUGAAAGCUGGUGAUAUUAUCAAAACAUCCAUGCACAUACCUAGAAUUCCAGUAAGGCCAAAUGAAGGUGAUGCAUACCCCUUGGGAGCUCUUCCUCUUGGUACCAAAAUACACAAUAUUGAGAAAUAUGUAGGUUUAGGUGGAUUCUUGGUGCAUGCAGCUGGAACAUUUGCCACCAUUUUGAGGAAAGCGCCAAAUAAUCACGUGGUCAUCAAAAUGCCUAGUAAAAAGGAAUUUUCCUUGCCACAAGAGUGCAUGUGCACUGUGGGUAGGAUUGGAAAUGUAGAGCAUGGUUCCACACCUAUUGGGUCUGCACAGAAAAAUAGGGAAUUGGGAAAUAGGCCCCGAUCGGGUUUAUGGCAACGAAAGGGUGGGAGACAUGGACGUAAACUGCGAAAAUUACCACCUGUGAAGGUUAUUAAAGGUUCCAGUGCAAAGGAGCCUGAGUCUAUUCAAUUAACUCUAGGCCAAUUUAUGUUGAGAACUUAAACAUAAGUUUGUAGUUUAAUUGUAAAGCUAUUAUAUUAAAUAUGAUGUUCAUACGCAA